CAAUCCGGGAAUAUGAAAAGAGAUGGGAAGGGAUCGUCAGUACGUGGUCGGUUAGGAACCGAAGGGUCGUUCGGUAUUUGACUGGAACAUGGAUUCCACUUAGAGAGAAAUUUGUGCGUGCGUGGACGAAUGAUUGUUUACACUUGGGUAACCAUACUACCAGCAGAGUGGAAAGCCAACACUCGUCUUUUAAGUAUUACCUUGGUAGCGGUAAUAGCUCAUUCGAUACCCUUUUCAAAAGGGCGCACGCACAGAUUACAAAUCAACAAGCUAAAAUCCGACAAUCGCUACAGGAAUCCAUGACUUCUGUACCAAGAACGCUAUGACAGUAUUUCUUUAGACCUCUAUAUCGCCACGUGUCUCUCUAUGCCUUGGAGCAGAUCCAGAAUGAGUUUAACCGCAUGUUAGAACUGGGUGAUUUUGCAUUGAACAAAUGCGGUUGUGUACUUCUAAAAACCCAUGGAUUGCCGUGUGCAUGUUAUUUACAAAUAAAAAUUGGAUCACAUGGUGCUUUGUACUUGGAUGACAUUCAUGAAUUCUGGAGUACUUUGAGGUACACAGAGGUAGGAGACGAACCCAAUGAAGAAGUACGAAACGCGAACGCCAAUGACAAAGAGUACUUUCAAUCUCUGGUCGAUGAAGUCCUUAAAUCUGAUCCCGCUUUUGUUCGCCGAAUGGCUGAGGUACUUGAAUAUGAAUUACACCCAGAUGGUGCGGAUAUACCUGAGCCUUACGCUAGUCCACCGAGAAAGGGAAGACCAAGCACUAGUAAAACCAUGAGAAGGAGAAAAAGUUCAUUUGAAUAUAGCCGAUCAUCUUCUCGUGGUCGAGGGUCUAGAUCUUCUUCCCGCGGGAGAUCAAGUGGCAGAUCUAGUGGCCGAGAGACGCAAUCUUCAGUAGGAAUUAAGUUCAGUUUCAACUUAUCCGAUGAUCCAGGAGGUCGUGAUUUCUCACAGUUUCCAUGGCCUGAUUACAUCCCAUUCAUGCUUCCUCCUUAUUUGUUCGACUGGAUUGAUGUGUUAGGUGAUGGUAACUGUGGAUUUAGAGCAAUUGCCGUCACAGAGCUGGGAGGCGAGGAAGCAUGGCCUAUUUUAAGACGUGCUAUGAGUAUGGAAAUGCAAAUGAACAGAGCGCAAUACCUAACUUUGUAUCUAUCUCAUGAGUCACUAGACGAGUCAAUAUUCAGAGUAGGUUCACACACCGAUGGACCUGCUCCUUUCAUGCACUGGUUCGAUGCACCGAUGGCUUUCUACUCUGCAGCAACGUUUCUUAACAUUGCAAUUGCUUUUUAUGGUUCUGCUAACGGCCGCGAGAAGUGUAAAUAA